CGGGCGGUGCGGGGCGCGCGGGGCUGGCGCUCGGCUGCUGCUUGGUGGAGCGCGGGGACGACGCCGGGACGCGGGAGCCUGCGGGGCCUUCCGGCCCGGCCCCGGCUGCAUCUCCAGCUCUGUGGGGCCCAAGGCGCCCGAGAGCCCUUCGCCGUCUGCCUAGAAAAGAGUGUCAUGAAAAGGAACAGAAAAGAGACCUCACGCUUGGUGAAAGGGGACUUCUCUUUCCUGGUUGGUGUUCUUGCUUCAUGUUCAAAGAGAAGUACCUAGGUGGCUGAAGAGAUUAGAUUUUCAGUGUUUCACAGACGAAAAGAACAUACGGAGCUGCUUUUUAUGUGUCUUAAUAGUUUGCUGAGUAAGUAACCCUAAAAGAAAAAAGGAUGUCAACUGAAGGCAGAAAUUCUGAUUUUGUUUUUAAGUGACACAGGACUUUGAGUACUUGUUGAGAAUAUUUUUCUCCCCCAAAAAAUGGAAGAAGAAAAAAACACACAAACCAAGAAACAUAAAAAGUUGAGAAGAAUAAUAAUUGAGUUUGCUAACUGCAAGCACGCCGGUUACUCUGUCAUCUUCUUUAGACAAACACCGGAAACAUACCACGCAUUUGUGAUUCAUUUAUUACCAGGGAUGGUUUCCUAUGUUAAGAAUGACUCUUAAUUGAAAUUUUCAAGUGCUUUUUCUCUGUUUUAUGGUGUAUAUUUUGACUUUUAAUUUUAGAUAGGUUUACGUAAAGAAUGUAAAUGCUGAAUUCAUAGUAUUUUUGACUAUACCACUCACUCUUCCCUACAUGUUACGGAAAAAGUAUUAUUAUUCUUUGAAGUUUUAUUUGAAUCAAAAUUGUGCCAGGGACACAGUGUAAGUUUUCUUUUUUUUUGGCAACUGUACUGGCUUUGAGUGAGCUGGUUGUCAGCUGGAUUUCACCGCACAUAGGAUUUAAAGUCUAUUUUAUCAGGAUCUUUAAUGUAUGUUUUAUACUGGCCAGAUAGGAAACACAUUAAACACUGUGUUUAACAUAUAUGCCUAAGGAAAGGAUCUUCCCCAUGGAUCAUGGCGUUAAUGUUUACAGGACAUUUCCUAUUUUUAACAUUAGUAAUGUUUGGUUUCUCUACUUUAGAAGAACCUGUGAGCAAUUACUCUGAAUGGGCAGUUUUCACAGAUGAUAUAGAUCAGUUUAAGAUGCAGAAAGUACAUGAUGUCAGACCCAAACAAAAGCUGAGGCGAAGUAUGCUUCAUCCAAGUUUAUAUUUUGAUGCUGGAGAAAUCCAAGCAAUGAGACAAAAGUCUCGCACAAGCCAUUCGCAUCUUUUCAGAGCUAUCAGAAGUGCAGUGACAGUUAUGCUGUCCAACCCAACGUACUACCUACCUCCACCCAAGCACGCUGAUUUUGCUGCCAAGUGGAAUGAAAUCUAUGGUAACAAUCUGCCUCCGUUAGCGUUGUACUGUUUGUUAUGCCCAGAAGACAAAGUUGCCUUUGAAUUUGUCUUGGAAUAUAUGGACAGAAUGGUUGGCUACAAAGACUGGCUGGUUGAGAAUGCGCCGGGAGAUGAGGUUCCAAUUGGCCAUUCCUUGACAGGUUUUGCCACUGCCUUUGACUUUUUGUAUAACUUACUAGAUAAUCAUCGAAGACAAGAAUACCUUGAAAAGAUAUGGGUCAUUACUGAGGAAAUGUAUGAGUAUUCCAAAGUUCGCUCAUGGGGCAAGCAACUUCUUCACAACCACCAGGCUACUAAUAUGAUAGCGUUGCUCACAGGGGCCUUGGUUGCAGGGGUAGAAAAAGGAUCGAAAGCAAAUAUAUGGAAACAAGUUGUCGUGGAUGUGAUGGAAAAGACCAUGUUUCUGUUGAAUCAUAUUGUUGAUGGCUCCUUGGAUGAAGGUGUGGCCUAUGGAAGCUACACAGCUAAAUCAGUCACACAGUAUGUGUUUUUGGCACAGCGCCACUUUAAUAUCAACAACUUGGAUAAUAACUGGUUAAGAAUGCACUUUUGGUUCUAUUAUGCUACCCUAUUGCCAGGCUUCCAGAGAACUGUGGGAAUAGCAGAUUCCAAUUAUAAUUGGUUUUAUGGUCCAGAGAGCCAGCUAGUGUUUUUGGAUAAGUUCAUCUUGAAGAAUGGAGCUGGAAAUUGGUUGGCUCAACAAAUUAGAAAGCACCGACCCAAAGAUGGACCAAUGGUUCCUUCUACUGCUCAAAGGUGGAGCACUCUCCACACCGAGUUUGUCUGGUAUGAUCCCCAGCACACCCCACAACCUCCUGCUGGUUAUGGUACUGCUAAAAUGCAUGUGUUUCCCAACUGGGGUGUUGUCACUUAUGGGGCCGGACUACCAAACACACAAACCAACACCUUUGUGUCUUUUAAAUCUGGGAAGCUGGGAGGACGAGCUGUUUAUGACAUAGUUCAUUUUCAGCCAUAUUCUUGGAUUGAUGGAUGGAGAAGUUUUAACCCAGGACAUGAGCAUCCAGAUCAGAACUCAUUUACUUUUGCCCCCAAUGGGCAAGUAUUUGUUUCUGAGGCUCUCUAUGGGCCGAAGUUGAGCCACCUCAACAAUGUAUUGGUAUUCGCUCCAUCACCAUCAAGCCAGUGUAAUAAACCCUGGGAAGGUCAACUAGGAGAAUGUGCACAGUGGCUCAAGUGGACUGGCGAAGAGGUCGGUGAUGCAGCUGGGGAAAUUAUCACUGCCUCUCAGCACGGGGAAAUGAUACUUGUGAGUGGGGAAGCAGUGUCUGCUUAUUCUUCGGCAAUGAGACUGAAAAGUGUGUAUCGUGCUUUACUGCUCUUAAAUUCUCAAACUCUACUAGUUGUUGAUCACAUUGAAAGGCAAGAAAGUUCCCCAAUAAAUUCUGUCAGUGCCUUCUUUCAUAAUCUGGAUAUUGACUUUAAAUAUAUCCCAUAUAGGUUCAUGAACAAGUAUAAUGGUGCCAUGAUGGACGUGUGGGAUGCGCACUACAAAAUGUUUUGGUUUGAUCAGCAUGGCAACAGCCCGGUGGGUAGUAUACAGGAAGCAGAGCAAGCUGCUGAAUUUAAGAAAAGGUGGACUCAAUUUGUUAAUGUUACAUUUCAGAUGGAUUCCACUAUCACAAGAAUUGCAUACAUCUUUUACGGGCCAUAUGUCAAUGUUUCCAGCUGCAGAUUCAUUGAUAGCUCCAAUACUGGACUUCAGAUUUCUCUCAAUGUCAAUAAUACGGAACAUGUUGUUUCCAUUGUAACUGACUACCAUAACCUGAAUACCAGAUUCAGGUACUUGGGGUUUGGUGGGUUUGCCAGUGUGGCCAAUCAAAACCAAAUAACCCGCUUUGGUUUGGGCACGGAAGCAAUAGUCAAGCCUGCAAGACAAGAUAGAGUCAUUUUCCCCUUUGGAUUUAAAUUUAAUUUGGCAAUUGGAUUAAUUCUGUGCAUUAGUUUGGUUAUUUUAACUUUUCAGUGGCGAUUUUACCUUUCUUUUAGAAAGCUGAUGCGAUGGAUACUAAUACUUGUCAUUGCCUUGUGGUUUAUUGAGCUUCUGGAUGUGUGGAGUACUUGCACUCAGCCCAUCUGUGCAAAAUGGACAAAGAAAGAGACGGAGGCCAGCAAGAAGACAGUAUCCUCUGAAGGGCGCUAUGUGGAUCUUCCUGAUGUUGUCAUUACCUCACUUCCUGGUUCAGGAGCUGAAAUUCUCAAGCAACUUUUUUUCAACAGUAGUGAUUUCCUCUACAUCAGAGUUCCUACAGCCUACAUUGAUAUCCCUAAAACUGAAUUUGAAAUCAACUCAUUUGUAGAUGCUUGUGAAUGGAAAGUGACAGAUAUUCACAGUGGGCAUUUUCGUUUACUCCGAGGCUGGUUGCAGUCUUUAGUACAGGACACAAAAAUACAUUUGCAAAAUAUCCAUCUACGUGAACCCAGUAGGGGUAAACUGGCCCAAUAUUUUACAAUGAAUAAGGACAAAAAAAGAAAGUUGAAAAGGAGAGAGUCUUUGCUAGAACAAAGAAGUAGAAUGAAAAGCUCCUUUGAUAGAGAUGCUGAAUAUAUUAGGGCUUUGAGGAGACACCUCAUUUAUUACCCCAGCGCACGGCCUGUGCUCAGUUUAAGUAGUGGUAGUUGGACAUUAAAGCUUCCAUUUUUUCAGGAAGUUUUAGGGACUUCUAUGAGAGCACUGUACAUAGUAAGAGACCCUCGCGCAUGGAUUUACUCAAUGCUAUACAGUAGUAAACCAAGUCUUUACGCUUUGAAGAAUGUACCAGAACAUUUAGCAAAAUUGUUUAAAAUAGGAAGUAAAGGCAAAUGUGGAUUAAACUCCAACUAUGCUAUUGAGUAUGAACCAUUGCGAAAAGAAUUAGCAAGCUCCCAGUCUAAUGCUGUCUCCUUAUUGUCACAUUUGUGGCUUGCAAACACAGCAGCAGCUUUGAGAAUAAAUACAAAUUUGCUACCUACUCACUACCAGCUCAUAAAAUUUGAAGAUCUUGUUCAUUUCCCUCAGACAACUACUGAAAGGGUGUUUGCUUUUCUUGGAAUUCCUCUGUCUCCUGCUAGUUUAAACCAAAUAUUGUUUGCUACUUCCACAAACCUUUUUUACCUUCCUUAUGAGGGGGAAAUAUCACCCAGUAAUGCCAAUGUCUGGAAACAAAACUUGCCUAGAGAUGAAAUUAAAUUAAUUGAAGACAUCUGCUGGACACUGAUGGAUCAUCUAGGAUAUCCAAAGUUUAUGGACUAAAUGCUGCAGGUCAGCAGAAAUUUGCACUAAUGUUUCCCAACUCGUUUGUGGAUAUGAACUAGAAGAGUUUGUUUAUUCUUGUAUUCUGUGUGCGUGUGUGUGGACAUGUGUGUGGGAGUGUGUGUGUGUUUCAGUCUGUUACUUGCACAGAGAAAUAAUUUUAAAAAUAAGUACCAUAUUUUGCCUAGCAGGAUUUACUUUUAUGUUCUCACUUUCUUUGCCUCUGUUUCUUACGUUUUCUCUGCUGAAAUAUUUGUGUUACAUAGGUGCAGAUGAAAUGAUAGUGUGGGGGCCCAGGGAGAUGAGAAGAUGUUGUUUAACUCGCAUUCAUCUGUAACUGUGCUAAUCUUUUAGGGACCUCAAGCAUUACUGAAAGGCCUUGUAAUUGCUACUUUACCCAAGCAUUUAUUUCUUACAAAAUGGACUACAAAAGUUUCUUAUCUUUUUGAAAAGAUCUUCUGAAACACUUCUAUGUCACAAAGAAAAAGAGAAAUUCCUUUCAGUUUGUAUAAUGUUCAGUGAUGUCACUGGGGAAACAGUAAAAGUUCCUAUCAGAAUGAUCAGAUUCCUUCUAAAAAGUACAAAUGGAAAUUCAGA